AUGGGACGCUUCCCGUUCGUGCCGCAGGGAAUCCUGGGUUUUAAGCUUGAGACUGUGCCCAAACCCCCAAACUGCAGGAAGAAAAAGGAGAAAAAGAAGAGGCUGCAAGAAGCAGCCAAGAUUCAGAGCCUUACCAGGGCUGGCCACAGGGCCUUGCAUGCUGCUCGGAUUCAGGAGGCCUUGGCCAGCUUCCAGAAGGCCUUCCUGCUGGCCUCCAAGGCCCCAUCAGCCAGAGACGGCCCCGUGCUUCAAGCCUGUGCCUUUAACCUUGGGGCUGCCUAUGUGGAGACUGGAGAUCCCGCCACAGGUCUUGAGCUACUUCUGAGAGCCCACCCAGAAGAGAAGUCCGAAGGCUGGUGUCAUGGUGACCAGUGUUUCAAUGUGGCUUUAGCCCAUCACGCCCUUGGUGACUUGACUCAAGCUUUGGACUGGUACCACAGGGCUCUGGUCCAUUACCAGCCACAGGGCUACCAUGGGGAGGCACAGGCAAAAAUAGGAGCCUGCUAUCAGGCCCUGGGAUGGCCUAAGCAAGCAGCCUGCAGUUUACAGGAAGCAAGCCGGGCCUAUGCCCACGCCGGUCAGCUCUGGGAUGCAGCCCUGGCUCAGGUGGCUGCCGUGAGAUGUAUGCUGAGCAGUCGGCAGUAUGGACUGAGUGAUGUGCUGCGGGCUCUGGAGGAGAGCCGUAAGCUUGCUGAUGCUGACCGGAGCACUGACCGGGGACUGCUGGGGCCAUUCUACAAUGAUCUAGGCAUGGGUUACUUCCAACUCCAACUGUUCCCUCUGGCAGUAGAGACCUUCCUGCAGGCCCUACCCCUGUGUCGACAGCCAGUAGAGCAGGCUACAGUGCUUCAAAACCUUGGAAUGACCCACAAUGUCCUUGGCAACUAUUGGAAAGCCCAGGAGUUUCACCAGAAGGCUGCCAGUCUGCAUGGCUCUGUGGGUCAGCGGUGGGAGCAGGGUCGCAGCUUCAGCGGCCUGGCAUUUUCACUGAGCCAGCUGGGGGACCACAGGGCUGCCUGGGACAGCUAUUUGCAUGCCCUCCAGGCUGCCCAAGACACUGGAGACGUGAAGGGACAGUGGCAGGCGUGUGAGGGCCUUGGGGCAGCUGCAGCCAGACUGGGACAACAUGACCAGGCCUUGAAAUACUAUAAGGAAGCGCUGGCCCUGUGUCAGCACGAACCAGGUUCUGUACGAGAGCGGCUUGUGGCCAAAUUGGCAGAUGCCAUGCGGACAUUCGUGGCUCAGGAGAAGCUAGCCCAGGCUCAUUUCUUGCCCUCUGCUCCUGGAAAGCUGCAGACUUCGUGGAAGGCAAAGACCUCAGCCAGGGUACAAAGUAAUGCAGAAGAUGCCCAGGAGAGUCAGUGGGAAGGUGAAGAGUCAGAAGGCGGCCAUGAGAAGGAGAUGGAGGGGUUGGUGAACAUGGACACUGUGUUAGGACCUCAGAGACAGAACCGAGCCACAACCCAUCUUCCAUCUGGAGACCCAAGUCCCAAUGGAAUGGAAUAUCCCUUCAUCAUAGCACCCAACAAGCUCCGAGUCAAUAGGUCAUCCACAUGGACCAAGGAAGCCCUGGGCAGGAACUUCCAGAGGACACGCAUCCAGUCUGGCCUCUGCACCAUCAUGUGACCUAUACCUGCUGGCUACAGCACUUAACCUCUACAGGAACUUCCCGAUAGAUGCACUUACGGGCCUUGGGGGAGGAGCUUCUUUAGCCAGUAUGGACAAGGUGCUUCCGGACAGACAGGCCA